ACUGCGCGGCGGCCGGCCAUGUUGCGUCGCCGUUGUUCCGGUAUUCCGCACUUUAUUCACCAGCCCGAACCUCCGCUGUUCUUACUCGCUAAAGGAAGAAAACGACUUUAGCGGUGCGAAUAAUGGAUUUUUCUUUUUCAACCCAGCGACUUUGGACGUUACCCUGAAUAGUAAAUAGUUUGCUGCGUAGCCUGUAGGUUGUGUUGUUUUAAUAAGUAACGACUGUACUCAGAUCUGUGCGGACUGUGGAGGAAUCUUUGAGUUUGGUGGAUUCGGCUGUCUGAAGGCUGGAUGGAUGGAAGGCUAGCUAACAGCUGCUAGUGUUCGUCUCUAUCGGCUUAGCUGCUACACCGCUGUAGCUCGUCUCUUACGUUGGGUUUAAUCAUCUCCACAAGCGUUAACGUUGUGUUUUUCCACCGGUAUCGGUUUCGUUUGUAGUCGCUCUGAUUUGUUUGUGUGUGUUUAUUCCGCCUCGAUAGGUGAGCUAGCAGGCUAGCUAACGUAUUACCUGAUCCCAGGUCGGUAUCACAUACUUCAUUUUAAACGUUCAUUUACCAGGAAAAGAUUUACAUAUACAUAUAUAUAUAUAUAUUUAAAAAAAAACUUUUUUACAUUUGUUUUUAUUUUUAUUUUUAUUUUUUCAAUAACGGGUACUUUAAUGGUGUUGGCAUGUUGAUUUUCUUCAGACGUUCUGAAGUUACCCAGCAAGCAUUCAGUCAGAUUUCCUUCUGGUAUCUAGGCUAUAAAUCUAACCAGCUAUCUCGGUAAAGUUCACGUGAUACACGUUCGUCUGUCAUUUUUAAAAAGAAUAUAUAUAUCAGUCGGUUAUUUAAAGAGUCGUUUGUUUUAUUAACCCCCUGUACUGUUGACAUGGAAACGUAUUCGUAACUAAUGUGAGGUUUGACUUGUUGAUUUGUGUCUGCGUGGCUAGCUAGCGUUAGCUAGCGUUAGCUGCCUCUUACACAUCCCUGGCUGAGGAAAACACAAUAAAAAAUCUGUCAGAUAGAGUCAUUAAAUGUGAGGUUGAAUCCUUUCCGGAAUCGUUUCUGAAAACUCCUCACAAAUGUCAACCCGGAAUCAAGGAUUAGGAGUCAUCGAGCAUUCUUCUGGACAGACCCCCGUAGACCCCAAAGCAGGAGGACGUGCAAGUAUGUCACGAAGCCGCAACCCCAAUGUGACGGGGGACGAUCACCCGCACGUUGGAAACUAUCGCCUGCUCAAAACCAUCGGCAAAGGCAACUUUGCAAAAGUUAAACUGGCCAAACAUAUCCUCACUGAGAAAGAGGUGGCAGUGAAAAUCAUUGACAAGACCCAGCUCAAUUCUUCCAGUCUUCAAAAACUCUUCCGAGAAGUGCGAAUCAUGAAGCUAUUAAACCAUCCAAAUAUAGUCAAGUUAUUCGAGGUGAUCGAGACAGAGAAGACACUAUAUUUGGUUAUGGAGUAUGCUAGCGGAGGCGAGGUUUUUGAUUACCUUGUUGCUCAUGGAAGGAUGAAAGAAAAGGAGGCUCGUGCCAAAUUCCGACAGAUUGUUUCUGCUGUACAGUACUGCCACCAGAAGUGUAUUGUACACAGGGACUUGAAGGCUGAAAACCUUUUGCUAGAUGCAGAUAUGAACAUCAAGAUAGCAGACUUUGGUUUCAGCAACGAGUUUACCGUGGGAAAUAAGCUGGACACGUUCUGCGGCAGUCCCCCUUAUGCUGCUCCUGAGCUCUUUCAAGGCAAGAAAUAUGACGGACCCGAGGUGGAUGUCUGGAGCUUGGGGGUCAUCCUAUACACACUGGUCAGCGGCUCCCUGCCCUUUGACGGACAGAACCUGAAAGAGCUUAGAGAACGUGUAUUGAGGGGGAAGUAUAGGAUUCCCUUCUACAUGUCCACGGACUGUGAGAAUCUACUGAAGAAAUUCCUUAUUCUCAACCCAACCAAGAGAGGCAGUCUGGAGCAGAUCAUGAAGGACCGCUGGAUGAAUGUGGGUCAUGAGGAGGAGGAAUUAAAACCCUACACAGAGCCCCAGCCUGACUACAAAGACCCCAAGAGAACAAAUAUCAUGCUGCAAAUUGGCUAUACACAAGAGGAAAUUCAGGAUUCACUUGUGAAACAAAAAUAUGACGAAAUUAUGGCGACUUACCUGCUGCUUGACUAUCGGAACUCUGAGCUUGAUGAGGGUGUCAACAUGUUGAUCAAACCGCGACCAGGAAGUGACCUCACAAACAGUAAUGCACCUUCUCCACCUCACAAGGUACAACGCAGCGUUUCCUCUACUCAGAAACCACGAAGGACCACAGACCAGGUCUCAUACUCUAAAAGGCCUCAGGGGGAUAACAAGUACACAGCUGAAGAUGCAGGCCGGAAAGGGUCCAGUAGCUCGACCAAAGUGCCACCAAGCCCUAUCGUCCCAGGAGACAACAAAAAGAGCUCCACACCCUCCACUAACAGUAUCCUGUCCACGGGCACAAGUCACAGCAGAAACUCUCCGCUCACUGAGAGAUCCUUACUGGGAGUUCAAAAUGGCAAAGACAGCCUGAACAUACCCGGGUCUCGCGCCUCCACGGCCUCGGCCGGCGCCGUACUCACAUCCUCCUCGUCCUCACGUUCCCGCCAUCACAAGUCCAUGUCCUCCUCAGCCCACCCAUGCCCCGCUGACCUGCACGCACACCAGCCCAGUGGUCCUCCCCAGAGAGCGCCUGGCGCAUCACCGUCUGCUUACAACAUCAGCAGCGCGACAGGGACGGAGCGUACCAACUUUCCACGAGGGGUGCCUGCUCGAAACACCUUCCACAUCGGUCAGCAGAGAGGGGCACGGGAUCAGCAAAGUUCACCAUAUCACGCUUCUCCAGCCUCACCUUCCCUGUCUCAUGGCACAAGCCAGCAGCGGAGACCACCAAACUCAGGCAUCUUCAGCAAGUUUACCUCCAAGUUUGUGCGCAGAAAUCUAUCACUCAGGUUCCCCAGAAGGAGUCCGUAUGAGGGAGAGAAUCGAGACGAGGGCAGCAGAUCCAUGCUGAGUAGCGCCGACAAGGCAGAGAAGACCGGAGUAGGAGGCGGGACACUCGGCUCAGGCGGUGGGGAUGAAAACAAGGAUUCUCUCUCCUCCUCGUCUCCAAGGGGUGGAACUCCGCCACCGUCUGUGAAAGACAACACCAAGCCUCGCUCGCUGCGCUUCACCUGGAGUAUGAAGACCACAUCGUCCAUGGAGCCCACCGAGAUGAUGAAGGAGAUCCGUAAAGUUCUGGACGCUAACAGCUGUGAAUAUGAAGUGCGUGAGCGCUACAUGCUCUUCUGCAUGGCCGGCAACCCCUCCCGUGAUGACUUCGUCCAAUGGGAGAUGGAGGUGUGCAAGCUACCCCGCCUGUCCCUCAACGGCGUGCGCUUCAAAAGGAUUUCCGGCACUUCCAUCGCCUUCAAGAACAUCGCAUCCAAAAUUGCAAAUGAGCUCAAACUAUGAGGAGGGAGAGCAAGAGUUAAAUAGGGAGGAUGGUUAGAGACAGUGAUUUAGGGGAAAGCAGGAAGGUAGGCAGUAACCACUGAAAUGAUUCGUGAGAUAAUAAACGGACAGAUCUUUUUUUUUCUUUUCAGGAGGUUUAGUUGAAAUAAGCUGUACAGAUACUACACACUGAAAUAGUGUGAGGUAUGUGAGGGGGAAAGUGCUGUAUAUGUUGAUUUUGCUGGGUUCAGUAUCACUAGUCUAAACUCCCAUUUUUCAGUCCAGAAAGAGGGGGGAA